AUGAAAACACAUAUCGUUGUGGCCUUGGCCAUCGUUGGCCUUGUCCUCUGCAUCACCCAUCCAUACGAGAAGUUCUACGAUAAAUUGAACAACAAUCAGAAGACGCAGCUCGUCCAGAUCAUCAAGGACGCCAAGAACAAGCCGAAAGAGCAAGUCAUCAACGAAUUGGACCAGUUUAUCCACACCCUUCCCGCCAACUUGCAGGACCUGUUGAAGAAGCCGGCGGACAUCGACGACAUGUUUAACGAUAUCCUGGAGAAGCACAAGAACGAAUUUAACUUUGAUUUUGACAAACUGAAAGAUCAAUAA